AUGGCUCUACUACCAUCUCCGUACAGCAAAGUUGAGCGACUGCCCGCAGGCGAAGGCACCAUUUACCUCACGCAGCACGGUCUGCAGACCGUCAGCUUCCAGUACCCACUCAAGCUCAUUGCUCCAGACCGCCAUAUCUCGCUUGAUGACGAGCACGUGACGGUGCUGUUCUUGCUAACGUAUGGCGGAGGCCUUGUUGGCGGCGACAAAAUCAACCUCAAGGCCGAGCUGGCAGAUGGCACUCGUCUGAGCUUGCUGACCCAAGGCAGCACAAAGAUUUUCAAAUCGCCAAAUCGCCAGGUGGUAAGUGGUCAAGUCCUGGACGUCAAGAUCGGCGCCGGUGCAGCGCUAUGCUAUCUCCCAGACCCCAAUCAACCCUUCGCCGAGAGCGUCUACGAACAGAAGCAGACUUUCUAUGUGGACAAGACUGGCAAGAGCAAUCUCCUCAUGCUAGACUGGGUCAGCGAGGGCCGGCGGGCAAGAGGCGAGAGUUGGACGCUUUGGAGCUGGAAAGGGAGGAACGAGGUGAGAGUAUUCGAUGAGAAGGGAAAAGGCAGGCUGCUUCUCAGAGAUGCUCUGCAGCUCUCGGAGGGACAUGUUGAAGGUGUCGGGUUGCAGCAGAAGACCGACUCGCUUGGUAUCUACGGAACGCUGAUCAUCUAUGGUCACAUGUUCUCUCAACUCGGCACGUUCUUCAUGGACAACUUCAGGGGCCUUCCCCGCAUCGGCGCGAAGAACUGGUCCGAGUCUACCAAGUCGAACGAGGCCGCCGCCAGCGAGGAUUCGUCCUCGUCAAAUUUGGCUCAAAGGACAUCGAUCGCGCCCGACUCUGGCUGGGAGGUCUCCUGA